AUGGCAAGUGUGCCUGUCAAGCUUAGCGGUCGCGCUGAUCUCCGAUUUGAGGACCGCGUAUUGUCGGACCAUAAGAUCCAAGUUGAUCAAGUGGAAGAUCAAGAAUAUUGCUCCAAGAUGGUCCAAGAGGUCAGUGGGCCAGAGUUACCUGCUCCCGUGUCGGAAUCGUCCAGCGAUGACAAAGUGGAGCCCAAAACGAAAACGAGGAAAAUACGAAAGGAACAGAGAGAAAAUAGUCGCGUGGACUAA